AUGUCCGACAUCGACCACUCCCGCGAUGGCGAGUCCAAGGUCACCGAAAUCAUCGCCAUCAUCACCGUCAGCUGCGUCUUGACGUCGACCCUCGUCGUCCUCCGUGUCGUCACGCGCACCUUUAUCGUCCGCGCCUUUGGCCCCGACGACUGGGUCUUGGUCGUGGCUCAGGUCCUCGCCAUCGCGGCGGCCGUCGCCAUCGGAUUGGAACAACACUUUGGCAUGGGCCGUCAUGUGUGGACAAUCGAAGACCUCGUACCAUACACCAAGAGCUUCUACUCGUCCAUCCUCGUCUACAACGCCGCGCUCGUCCUCGUCAAGGUCUCCAUCGUCCUCAUGUACCGCCGCAUCUUUGUCGGCACCUGGCUCCAGCGCGCGAACCUCGCCGCCCUCGUCUUCCUGACCGCCUGGGGCAUUGCCCUCGUGUCCUUUUUGUCCAUGCUCUGCCUGCCCAUCCAGCUGCUCUGGGAUCCCACCGUCAAGGGCCACUGCAUCGACUUUGUGCCCGCCUUCUUUGCGCCCGCCGUCAUCAACCUCAUCACCGACCUGACCGUCUUCAUCCUGCCGCUGCCGGCCAUCCGCCAGCUCCAGCUGCCCCUGCGCCAAAAGAUCAUCCUGGCCUUUAUUCUGUGCCUCGGCCUCUUUACCUGCAUCAUCUCCAUCGUCCGCCUCUCCACCCUCGACGCCGCCGCCACGUCCUCCGACACCACCUGGGACAACACGGGCGCCGCCCUCUGGUCGUACCUCGAGCUGACCGUGGCCAUCAUCGCCGCCUGCCUGCCGACCCUGCGGCCCUUUGUCUCCCGCUUCUUCCCCCGCCUCAUCUCGUCGGGCGGCUCCAACGACCAGCACUCGGCGCCGCCCACGGGGCCCGACGGGCCCCUCCAGACCUGGGGCGGCUCCGGCGGGGACAGCUCCAGCACGCCCUCGGGCCAGUACUCCAAAGUCAGCGACAGCACCGACGCGCUGUACGCCGAUGCCGAGAUUGGCAUGGACGUGCUGGCCCCGGUCGACAAGCCACAGCCCGUCGUGCAGACGACGGUCCAGCACACGUAUCGCGAAUCCGUGGCCCGCCGCGGCCGCAACGAGACGACCAUUGGCACGGGCCGCAGUCCGCGGUCGCAGGGCAGCGACGAAGUCGAGCUCACGGGCCAGGCGUACGGGCACGGCAACGGAAACACAAAGACAAAUAGCGGGAUCCGAGCAACAACGACCAUUAAACAGGAGUACCAGUAG